UGCUGUGAUACCUGUACUGGAGCCAAAUCUUGUAUGUGAUAGGCUCUGUCUCUUCUUCCUUCUUCCCUGCCUGUUGUUUCAACAUUUGAAGAAGAAUGAGAGCGCUCCGUGCCUUUAUCUUGCUUCUGUUGACGAUGAUGAUGCCGGCUUUCCUACUCGCCGGAGCUCUGACACCGCAAUCCAUUUCGUCGACGGUCCCAGCCUUGCCGUUGGCACGGGCGGAGAACCAGACAACGGCCUGCCGCCUCGACCUCUCCGACGAGCUCUUUGGCGGCGUGGGAGACGCCUGCGGCCGCGGCGGCCUCGACCGCGGCCGGUGCUGCCCUGUCCUCGCUGCCUGGCUCUUCGCCGCGCACGCCCGCUUCGCCCUCGCGCUUUCCCCCGCAGCGGACGAGUGGGAGGACGGGCCGAUGGUGCCCGACGACGGCCAGAAGUGCGCGGAGUCGCUGCAGGACGCGCUGGAGCGGCGCAACAUCCGCCUCCUGCAACCCAACGCCAGCUGCGACACCGUGCUCUGCUUCUGCGGCAUUCGCCUCCACCAGAUCGCCUCGCUUCACUGCCCCGCCGCUUUCCGUGUUAUCGCCAAGGGCGACGCUGCCAUCCCCGCUCGGAAUGUGACCCCGACGGCGACGGUCCGGAAGCUGGAGCGUGAUUGCCGCAACGCUUCUUACGCAGGAUGCAACCGCUGCCUCCGCUCCCUGGGAAAGUUGAAAGGGGUAAACGGCGGCGACGGAGACGAUGACCGGGCGGAGAGGAUCCUGGAGCGCGAUUGCCAGCUGAUGGGGUUGACAUGGCUGCUUGCGAGGAACAGGACGGCGUAUAUCCCCACUGUCUCCGCAGUCCUGCGCGCGCUCCUCUACAGCGUCCACCCGCCCCAAGACGGAAGCAGCUACAUGUGCAGCCGAGAUCAGGCACACAUGCCGCUCGCCGUCGACUCCUUACAAUUCCAGUCCCUCAGCAGCAGCUCCGCCGCCACCACCAUCAGUCGCCGUUCAACCAUCUCUUUCUUCCUCCUCCUGACGACCCUUCUCCUCAUCCCUUCUCGCCUACAACACUUCCUCUAACUGUAGUACCACAAUAUCACAGGAGUCUGUGAGAUUGUCAUGCCAGUGCAUUGCCACCAUCACAUAUAGCAGCUAGUUGGAUAAUGCGAUUCGUAGUCUUCAUUGGUAUAGAAUCUUAGCUUGAGUAUUAAUUUGCAGUUACUGAAGCACAUUUACGAGGA